ACCAGCUCCAACAGCUAUAUGAUUAAUAAUUUUACAAAAAAAAUAUACAUCAUAGUUUUUUUAUAUUUCUGAAUAGUAAAAUUUAUCAACGAAAUAAUUUUCUUUUUAUUUUUAAACACACUGUAAAUUUUGCAGCUGCGCAAUUUAAAUUUUAGAUAUAUAUUAUAUUAAAGUGAUCUCACAUAGAGUCACGUGGCUUUUUUAUUUUAUUAUUUUUUAUUAUUUUCUGUGGCACAAUAAAGAUUGUAAUGUUAUUUGUGGGUGUUUCUUGAUAAUUAAUUUAUAUAUGUGUAUUUUAAAAAGUAUCAUUGUGAUAAAUUCAAUGAGUUUUAAUUUUAAUUUAUUAAUUAAAUUAUUGAUAAGGAAUGGAGUGGAUUUGGUGGAAAGAUUGGUGGAGAAUUAAAAAAUGGAAACAAAAUUUAAACGGAGAAAAUAGUGAUGAUUCAGAGGAUUAUUGUUUCUGCGAUGAUUGCCUCGGCGAACUGUCGGACGGGUGUGAUACCGAUGAUGGGUUCAUGGGAGAAAAUGACCUCGAUGGCGAGGGUAAACAGGUGCUGGUGGGAAUAUGCGCCAUGGCUAAAAAAUCCCAAAGUAAACCAAUGAAAGAAAUUUUAACAAGACUUGAAGAAUUUGAAUAUAUUAAAGUUAUUGUUUUUUCUGAAGAUGUUAUACUCAAGGAACCUGUUGAAGAGUGGCCUAUUGUUGAUUGUCUUAUAAGUUUUCAUAGCAAAGGCUUCCCACUGGACAAGGCCGUAAGCUAUGCUAAACUUCGUAAUCCAUUCAAUAUAAAUAAUCUUCCAAUGCAAUAUGAUAUUCAGAUAAACUUACAGGAUAGAAGACGUGUUUAUGCAAUUUUAGAAUCUGAGGGUAUUGAAAUACCACGUUAUGCUGUAUUAGAUCGUGAUUCUGCUGAUCCAAAACAAUCUCUUUCAGACCACGAGUUAGUGGAAUCCGAGGACCACGUGGAGGUCAAUGGAGUAACUUUCAAUAAGCCAUUUGUAGAAAAACCAGUGUCAGCUGAGGAUCAUAAUAUUUACAUAUAUUAUCCAACAUCAGCUGGUGGUGGUAGUCAACGACUUUUCAGAAAGAUUGGUAGUCGAAGCAGUGUUUAUUCACCUGAAUCACGUGUACGAAAAACUGGUUCUUAUAUUUAUGAAGAUUUUAUGCCAACAGACGGUACUGAUGUUAAAGUAUAUACUGUUGGUCCUGAUUAUGCUCAUGCUGAAGCAAGAAAAAGUCCAGCUCUUGAUGGUAAAGUUGAACGUGAUUCUGAAGGAAAAGAAAUUCGUUAUCCAGUUAUUUUAUCAAAUGCUGAAAAAUUAAUAAGUCGAAAAGUAUGUUUAGCAUUUAAACAAACUGUAUGUGGUUUUGAUCUACUCCGAGCAAAUGGAAAAUCAUUUGUUUGUGAUGUUAAUGGUUUUAGUUUUGUUAAAAAUUCAAAUAAAUAUUAUGAUGAUUGUGCUAAAAUACUUGGUAAUAUGAUAUUACGUGAAUUAGCACCAACUUUACAUAUACCAUGGUCAGUACCAUUUCAACUUGAUGAUCCACCAAUUGUUCCAACGACAUUUGGUAAAAUGAUGGAAUUAAGAUGUGUUGUUGCUGUUAUAAGACACGGUGAUAGAACACCAAAACAAAAAAUGAAAGUUGAAGUACGUCAUCCAAAAUUUUUUGAAAUAUUUGCUAAAUAUGAUGGCUAUAAACAUGGACAUGUUAAAUUAAAACGUCCAAAACAAUUACAAGAAAUUUUGGAUACUGCUAGAAGUCUUUUAACGGAAAUUCAACAUCGUGCAGCUGGUCCUGAACUUGAAGAAAAACAGGGUAAACUUGAACAACUUAAAAGUGUUCUUGAAAUGUAUGGACAUUUUUCGGGUAUUAAUCGAAAAGUACAAAUGAAAUAUCAACCCCGUGGUAGACCAAGAGGCAGUUCAUCUGACGACGGUAACAGUCACAAUCGCCUUGGUGAGCCUUCACUGGUGUUGAUACUAAAAUGGGGCGGUGAACUUACGCCUGCUGGAAGAAUACAAGCUGAAGAAUUGGGUCGCAUUUUUAGAUGCAUGUACCCUGGUGGUCAAGGUAGACACCUUAGUGGUGAAUAUGCUGGUGCUCAAGGUCUUGGAUUAUUGCGGCUUCACAGUACUUUUAGACAUGAUUUAAAAAUAUAUGCUAGUGAUGAAGGAAGAGUACAAAUGACAGCAGCAGCAUUUGCAAAAGGUCUUUUAGCAUUAGAGGGUGAAUUAACUCCAAUAUUAGUACAAAUGGUAAAGAGUGCAAAUACAAAUGGUCUAUUGGAUAAUGAUUGUGAUAGUAGUAAAUAUCAAAAUAUGGUUAAAACACGUUUACAUGAACUUUUACAACAAGAUAAAGAUUUUACUGCUGAAGAUAGAGAAAAAAUAAAUCCAAGUAAUGCAAUAAGUAUUAAUGAUGCACUUGAUUUUGUUAAAAAUCCAGUUAAAUGUUGUCAACAUGUACAAACAUUAAUUCAUAAAUUAAUGGAUAUUGUACGUAUGAAAAAAGAUGAUCCAAAAACAAAAGAUGCUAUACUUUAUCAUGGUGAAACAUGGGAAUUAAUGGGUAGACGUUGGGGAAAAAUUGAAAAAGAUUUUUGUACUAAAAAUAAACGUUUUGAUAUAUCAAAAAUACCAGAUAUUUAUGAUUGUAUUAAAUAUGAUCUUCAACAUAAUAAUCAUACAUUACAAUUUGAUCAUGCUGAAGAAUUAUAUGUAUAUGCAAAAUAUCUUGCUGAUAUUGUUAUACCACAAGAAUAUGGUUUAACUGUACAAGAAAAAUUAACAAUUGGUCAAGGUAUUUGUACGCCAUUAUUAAAAAAAAUAAGAGCUGAUUUACAAAGAAAUAUUGAAGAAUCUGGUGAAGAAACAGUUAAUAGAUUAAAUCCACGUUAUUCACAUGGUGUAUCAAGUCCUGGACGACAUGUUAGAACAAGACUUUAUUUUACAUCAGAGAGUCAUGUACAUUCAUUGUUAACUGUUUUAAGAUAUGGUGGUUUACUUGAUGUUGUUACUGAUGAACAAUGGCGACGUGCUAUGGAAUAUGUCAGUAUGGUAUCAGAAUUAAAUUAUAUGUCACAAAUUGUUGUAAUGCUAUAUGAAGAUCCAACAAAAGAUCCAAGUAGUGAAGAACGUUUUCAUGUUGAAUUACAUUUUAGUCCUGGUGUUAAUUGUUGUGUACAAAAAAAUUUACCACCUGGUCCUGGUUUUCGACCACAUUCACGUAAUGAAAGUAGUCAUAAUUUAGAAUCAAAUUCACAAUGUAGUACAAGAAUUGAAGAAGAAGAUAGUGAAUUAGGAGUAUUAGAAGAUGACAUGAUUAGUCCACCACAAACAUCAGAUUCAUCACCACCAAUUAUUGAAACUGAAACUGGUGAUUCAAUAUUAAAUAGUCCAACAACAAGUCGUGCUAUUGACAUGAUGGAUCUUGAGCCAAAUAUGAUGGAUGAACCAUAUGACAGUGGUUUUCUUCAAGGUUCAGCACCAAUUCCAAUUAGUGCUAGGACAGUUGCUGGUCAUGAAGCAGCAAGACUUGGUAGUCAACUUGCUGCCAGUCAACGUCAAAGACGAGAACGUGAAGCUAUUAGUAUUUGUUGUGAACCACGAGCAAGAAGUUAUGAUCAUCAAAGACAAGAUAAACCUGACAAGACUGCAGAUAAGCUGCAGCAGUAUCAGAGUCUGGAUGCUGUAAAUAAAGAAGUCCAAUCACGCAAUUUGCAAAAAUUGAAUCAGUCUCGGAGUGCACUAGGAAUACCAGUUGUUUUACCUCACACACUUAGUUCACCAGAAUUACCAUCGUCAUUAUUAGUAGCACUUGAAGAUAAUCGUGGACAUUUAGUAACUUAUCAUAAUACAUCAAUUGGAUCAACAAAAACUAAAAAAAUUGAAAUAAAACAAAUUGAUGAAUCAAUAUUUCUAUUACCAACACGUUAUGAACGUUCACAAUCAAGUGUUUCAAUGAUAAUUCCUGAAAUACAUGGUGAGUUGGACAAUGAUGAACGUUCCAAAUCCUUAUCACCAUGUCCAACUAGAUGCCAAUGUUAUAAUUGUAAUAUAUCUGAACUUAUUAUACAAAGUAAAAAUUUAAGUUCAUCUGAACAAACAAAUUUACGUACAUAUUUUGCUCGUUCAAUGUCAAGAAAAUUUAUCAAUUGUUCUUGCUAUAAAAUUAUCACUCAAAAUAACAAAAAUAAUAGUAAUAAUAAUAACAAAUCUAAUGAUUUUUGUGACUACCAAAUUUACAAUAAAAAAAAUAAAUUAUUAAAAAGACCCACCUCAUCAAUAAUGAACUACAAUAAUAAUAAUACCAAGUUUAAAGUAAUAAAACGUCAAUUAUCAUGUCCAGAUAUAAUUGCAACCGAAUCUGAUUCAAUAAUGCAUGCCACAUAUUCUUUCAAUAGUAUUUCCCUGUGUAAUAGCAAUCCCUUAGAUAAUGACAGCACAAAUUAUUACGUGAAAAAAAAAUAUCAUCGUUGUAAUAAUGCCUGCAAACACGAUAAUCAAAAUAAUUAUAAUAAUCAUAACAUUAAUAAUAAUAGUAAUAAUUUAAAUAUAAAUAUUGAUAAUGAUAAUGAUAUUAACAAACACAUAUUUGAAUUAAAAUCAUUGACAAAUUCCUUAUCCAAUUUCCAUACGAAACGAUCCUUAUCGUCUCCAGACACACGACCUACCAUCAUUGAACCUGAUCCUACAUGCACAGCAAGGCGCCAUCGUCACAGUAUCUCAGGGCAGAUGAGUUAUUUCAAGAGGUUGGGAUACAACGUUAGCAAGAAGCUUAAUGGAUCAACCAACAGUCUAUUCAGUACAGCUGUUAUUAGUGGGUCAUCAUCAGCACCAAAUCUCAAGGAUAUGGUACCACCUCAUACAUCAGCUAUUGCUGCAAUUGAAGGGUUUGGAGGUGUACCACCAAUAAGACCACUUGAAACUUUACACAAUGCAUUGUCAUUGAGACAACUUGAUUGUUUUCUUGAAAUGAUGACAAGUGCUCCUCUAUUUCGUACACCUGCAUCAUCACCACCAAAAUUUUCAUCAUCUGGUAAUUGUUCAAUUGGUAAUCUUGGUGCAAAUUUGGCUAUUGAAGGAAAAAUUAUUCGUGAUUUUCAUCCACCUGAUCUUGAGCCAGUUAAAUUUACUCAAUCAACUGAUCAGAAAAAUCUUCUUUCACCAACAAGUCCAAAUAGCUUAGGCUGGAGUAGUAGUGGACCAGCUUCAUUUUUAUCAUCUGAACCAUCAUCACCAGCACCAACAUCUGCUGGAGAGUGCAGUAUGUCAAUGAGUCUUAUAAGCAAUGAUGGUAGUCAAUCAUUUACUGGAGGAAAAUUAAUAACAGCUCCUUGUUUAGAAAUGAAUUUGUCAGAUUUUUGUAUGUCAAUUGAUCAAGAUUGUCGUGAAGGGCGUGGCAGUAUUUCAUACACUGAUUACUACAGCAAUGAAGAUGGAAUUAUACGUGAAGUUAAAGAAGACUCACCGAGUAAAGACAAUGUUGAAGAGGAUGAAGAUCAUACAUUGACUCUCAGACAAACUGAAGAACAACAUAAACAAAAUGUUAAAUCAAUUUUUGAACAGCCACCACAUACUAGUAGUAGCUUUAAAAAAAUUGGAAGAUUCCGAGUUGAGAGUAUGGAUAUAUCUGAAAAUGAUGUUAGAAUAAAAUCAGCUAAUCUUGAUCCAAGUCAAUCAAUGGAAAAAUUAAAACCAACAUCACCGUCCAAAUAUCGUGAUUCAUCAAAAAAAUCAAAAAUGAGUAAUCUUGAUUCAGCUAGUUUAAAAAAAAAUAAACCAAUAUCAAGAUCACAGAGUGUAUCAAGCUCACAAGCACCAAAAAUAACAAUGACACCUGAUUAUUCUUAUGACAUGUCUGCUUCAACAACACAAUUGGGAUCAUUCUCAACAAUGACUGGUGAAGAUUUAAAUAAUUGGAAACAAAAUGUUGAACAAAAUAUAUUAAAAUCAUCAUCACCAAUGGAACAUUUAGAUGAACCAAUGAAAGUUACUGUCGCAAAAGAUAGUUCAAAAAUAACUGUUGGAUUUAAUGUUAAUGAUGAUAAAUAAAAUAAAAAUUCAAAAAGAAAAAACA